AAAUUGGAUUAAAUUUUGGUGUAGUUGACGAUAUGCUUUCUUCUAUACAAAGGAGUAUUUUUGGAAGCCCAGAGAAUUCUAGACCUUCACUUUACCAUCCACAUUAUCGUAGACCAGAUGAAGCUGCUCUAGAACCUGGUGCAGUUCGAGCAAGUUCCGAAUUUCGCUUGGCGUUUAGGGAACUUAUUCGAGAGUUUGCUGACAUCGCUGUGAGAGAGGCCGUCAAGGUGCGACGCUCAGUGGCUAGCGUACAUGAGACAAUACGUCGUUCUAUUUCAUCUAGGAGAGGUUCCAUAUUUUCUCCUAGGACAUCAACGGGCUCCGAAUAUGAACUUCUAGAAGAGAACAGUGAGUUUGGCUCCAUUUUGGAGUCAAAAGAUAGUGUAGAGCUUGGAGAGACACUGGAUAUCUACAGACUAGAUAUUAUUGCAGAAGAGAAGGACCUCGUUGCUCUGGACCCUCGCAAGCCAUAUUUAAGAGAACGAGUUUCCUGGCUUCAGUCUGUCCGACAUGUUUAUUUUCAUAUUCCCGGUCUGCAUGACAUUCACUGCAAUUUAUCAGAACCAUCUGAUAAUGAUUCCACCUUUGUGGAAGGAGAAAACUCCGUUAUGGAGCUAGGUGAUAAUAUGGAUGAGCCUUCAACUCCAUUGCAAUCUGGUUAUCGAACCUCCCCUUUCGUUGUAAUACAUGAUAUUGAAGGGGUGGCAGGCUAUGUAACAUAUCUUAAAUUUUCGAUAAAUGGUCGUAUGAAUGAGUGGCGCUCCAAUAUGUUUCGCAAGAGAAUAUUUUCUGUGGAUUUGAAAAAUUUGAGACAGCGAGCGCAAUCUCUUCCUCCUAUUCGAAGAAGAUCAAAACAACUCUCGAACGCAGGUUAUUAUGAAAGAGAAAGAAUGCAUAGUGAAAGAUUUCCUUCAGAAACUUCUUCAAGACCUUCUCAAGUUAUGAGAAUCAGAAGAAGACUUUUUCGACCUUGGUAUUACAAGCUCAAAUCCUUUCCAAUGUGGGUCGGAAUCAUGUUUCUUGUUGGAUCCAUUAUUUUCACUAUUGGUAGUGCAUUGUCUUAUGUCCCUUCAGUUGCUAAUAGUUAUGUGCUUUAUCAAGGCCUCAUAGGCUGGCCAUUCUUUGUAGGGAGUAUUUUCUACACUGUCGGAGCCUAUAUAAGAAUUUUAGAAGUGCUAAAUGCACCACCGGUUCACCCGAUGAUAUCGGACGAAGAUAGUGUUCGGCUUUCUGUUGAUAUUUUGGAGCAUAGAAAGAUUAGACUUUUUGGAUGGGAGCCUUGGCGAUGGGACUUCCUUGGUGCACUUAUUCAACAAAUUGGUGCUUACCCAAUUUAUUCUUUGGUUGCCGGACACUCUCGGAUCGAUAUGUUUUGUCGUAAGUUCGUAUUUCUUCAUAGUAGAAUAUGGACAUCGAUGGUGGACUUGGGAUCCAAAAUCUCUUCUGUAUUGGACGGUCCUGUGUAACUUCAUGGGUGCCAUUGGCUUUCUUCUCAAUGGAGCUUUUGGGUUUGGAG